AUGAAGCUCAGCACAUUCCUGCCCUUCACCGCCCUUGCUCUAGGCUUGGCCGCGGUCGACCACGGCGUCGUUGCUUCUCCCACGUCGCAGCGAGCCUUUGUCUCGCGCAACGCCGACGGUCGAGCCACCGAAGACGCCUACGGCGAUCCCGAGUACAAGUGGCCCGAACCGAACCCAUCUCUCCCACUCGAUAGCCUGCCCGAUGCUCGGCCUCAAGCCUCUUCUCGUCGCUUCCGUUCUCGUCUCGUCGAAGCCGAGAUCCGCAGGAUCAAUUCCAAGAUCUCUGACCCUGCCGUCAAGCGUAUCUUCACCAAUGCGUACCCGAACACGCUCGACACCACCGUCGGAUGGACGGAUCUGCAGCUCAACAACCCGGACUCGUCCACGACUUUCCCUCGGGCAUUCAUCAUCACGGGUGACAUCCUCGCCGCUUGGCUGCGCGAUUCAUCCAACCAGAUCUUCACCUACCUGCCGCUGCUCCAGUCUCCACCCGAGCCGUACCAGGUCGGCGACAAGGACUGGGUCAAGCUGUACCGGCUUGCGCUCGGACUGCUCUACCAGCAGGCGCAGCAGGUCAUCACCUACCCACUGGCAAAUUCGUUCGGUCCGCCCAAGAGCGCUACCAUCACCAACAAGAAGAACCCCGCUGUGGGCAAUGGUGAUGAUGCGGACUGGGUGCAGCCCCCUGUGCCCUACUCCAAGGCGCACUUCCUGCCCCAGCCGCCCAGCAACUACACCGACGUGGAGGGCACCGACGGCGUCUACCUCUGGGAGACCAAGUGGGAGGUCGAUUCGCUCGCUGCGCACCUCCGUCUGCCCUCGCUGAUCGCCGAAUACGCAAACCGCACCGACUUCCUUGGCAACCCGACGUGGCAGCGUGGCGUGCGCAUGGCCAUCGACGCCCUGCGCUCGCAGCAGCGCGGCAGUCGGGAAGAGCACAUCGCCUACGAGUCAUCCAACGACACGACCAUCCUGCCCGCCAACCUGACGUCGCGAGACAGCGAGUGGGCGCAGCGCUUCGGCACGCUCCAGGGCGGAGUCUACCGAUUCGAGCGUCUCGACCGCUCUGCAACUGAAACGAAAGCGGAUCUGGGCUGGGGCGAGCCAGCGGCGUACAACGGGUUGGUCAAGUCCGGCUUCCGUCCCUCGGACGAUGCGACCACGUUCCCACACCUCAUCCCCGCCAACGCGCAGCUCGCUGUGGCGCUCGAAAAGCUCUACCCUAUCCUGGAGAAGAGCGCCAACAUGACCGACGUGGCUGCUAACGCCAAGGCGUUUGCUGCCGAGAUCCGGGCUGCCAUCACCGAGUACGCCAUUCGACCCAACCAUCUUUCCCCCAACGGCGGCAUCUAUGCGUACGAGAUCGACGGCUACGGCAGCACGUACUUUAUGGACGAUGCCAACGUUCCCUCUCUUCUCUCUCUCCCGUACCUCGGCUAUCUCAAUGCGAGCGAUGAGGUGUAUCAACGAACCCGUUCGUUCGUACUGAACGAAAAGACGAGCAAGUGGUUCUACUCCGGCAAGGAUUUCUCCGGCAUCGGCGGACCGCACGUUGGAACGGGCUACGCAUGGCCCAUGUCGCGCAUCAUGCAGAUCCUCACCUCAACGGACGCACAGGAACAGCUCGAUGCGUUGAGUCUCUUGCGUAACACCACCGCGGGCACAGGUCUGAUCCACGAAUCGAUCAAUGUCAACAACGCCACCGACUUCACACGGCCUUGGUUCGGCUGGGCAAACGGACUCUUCGGUGAGGCUGUGAGACAUAUCGAACAGACCAACCCAGAUGUUUUGCAGCACACCUACUGA